AUUAGCUACCGCAACAACAACAGAGAGGCCCGGGAAAAUUAUAUUUUUUAAAUUAAUGGGUGUAAUGAACGCUCUAAUUUUGAUAUAGCCAAACAUUUCCGACGUAUGAUGAACACACUGUUUUAUAAACAGAAUAAAUGGAAGGACCCAUUCGCUGAACCAUCUGUGCCUCCGUCACAUUACCAUCCAUCUCUUCAGAAACCCCUGUCUUCAAACAACAAGCAAACUAAGAUUCAAGCAUCUACUGCAGAUCAAAGCAAGCAGCAAAAGUUUAAAAAUCCUACUGAAAAAGUCAGUCCAAAAGAAAAACAAUUUCUUGAUAAAGGACACUCAUAUAUUACAAGAGAACUACCAACACAUGACACGCCUUCCCCUGGCAACAAUUCCUCAAAGUUUGAUGAAUCGUGGCCAAGCAGUGAACGUCCUUCGACUGUGGACAGCCCGCAUGACUUAAGUGCAUAUGUAGUAAAUGACAACAAAGCCUCUGGUGCUCCUCCCAAGUUAUCUUCAUUAGCAUAUAGCAAGAGCGUACCUUCUGAGAAGAAUGCAUGGAGUGUGGCAUCAAGUUUAGCAGAGAGCAGGCAUUCAAGAUUAAAUCCAUCAAAAGUAAAUUUAGUACAGAGAAGUAUGCAAGGACAUCCCACUUCCAGCCAAUCAGCAGCUUGGAGUUCUCGAAAUGCAGUGAGGAAGAAACCAGAAGGAUCAACCAUUGCAAAGUAUAUAGAGCGAUUCAGAUAUGGAGAACCCAGUAGCAGAGAAGUCAGAGAACGUGAGAAGAUUUCUGGUAAGGCUCAAGAUUUUUGGUGGCUUCAAAGUGACUCAUCAGUCAUCCAGACAUCAACACCAACUGAUGUAGACUCCCAAAUAAGUAGAAGAAUUCCAACAAGGCUUGCAAGCUCUCCGAUGAAGGCCUCCAGUGGUUCUAAAGCAUCAGAGAUCCAUUAUGAGAGUGACUCAAGUUCGUUUGUAGUCCCUGAUUCAGCUGACAGACACACAACAGAUAUUCAACGAAGAGCAAACGCCUUAAUCGAGAGAAGUGAAUCCAGUUUUACAAAUGAUACCAGUAUUACUUCUGAGCCAAGCACUCUUUUCCCCAGCCAACCACCUCCCCCAGUGUUGAGGCAUUUCCCAACUAAUGUACCAACACAAUAUACCAAAAGGACUCAUUUCCAAAUGCAGUCAGGUAUGCCAGGUGGUUUUAAGACAGCAACAAGGAAUACUACCCCAGAGGAUGACAUUCUGUACCAGUGGCGUCUGCGCCGUAAGCUAGAGCAAGCCAGAGAUAAAUCUGCAAAAUUUACAGGGCCAUUAUCUGGACUUUCUUCUGGCACCAACAUGAAGCCUCAGCAGUUUGAAAGAAGCAGUCAAGAUGUAGACUCCAAAUUGUCAGAAUUUCGAGAAAGGUUAAGGCAUCGUGAACAGUUAAGUACAUUGAUAUCGCAUCCAGUGGAGAACAAGACUUGUUUGGGUAUGCCUGAUGUAAAAAAUGCAGGAAAUGAUCCAAUACCUCAAACUAUUGCUACACAAACAAAUGGAAUUUUAGAUGAAAGACCGGAAUUUGAUCAAUAUCACGAUAAUGAACCAAGAAUAGAAGCAAAUUUUGCCCAAGCUGACGUUACCAGGGAUGCUGUAUCGGUCAGGAUUUCAAGUCCUAAACAUUCAUAUCCCCUGAAGUCUAAACAAGGUGUGCUGCCUCAUUUGCAUAUGUCAUGUGACAUCAUACCAUGUCAUGAUGCUGAACAUCACAAAGGUACAAGGGACAGAGGACAAAAUCAGGAUGACUUGCAAGAUCCAUAUUUAAGAGUAAAGCCACAAAAGUUGGAUUAUAGUGACUAUGAGGAGGAACAAAGAAACGAAAGUGCUCCAAUCGAUAAAUAUGAUCAUAUAGGAAAGAGAGAUGGAACUCAAAGAAAGUCACUUCCAAAAUCAGAACAGGAUCAAGCUAUGGCAAUAGUGAAGGAAGCUCAGACACAAGCAAGAGAGAAGUCUGUCGAUAAAGAACCUGAGAAUACCACUGUCAAUGCUGCAAGUAGGACAUCACCAAUAUCCUCUACCAUUGGGAAGGUUGUUAGUGAUCGACUUUUUUCAACACCUCAACAAAGCGUUUCACCCUGUUCUAGUCUACCCAGCAUGCAUUCGUCUGCUAUUGAGGAAGAUCUAGGGAACGAGGUGCUACAGGAAGUUGAGAUCUCUGAUGACAACAGCAGUGGUGAAUUCUCAGAUGAUGACCUGUUGCAAGUUCUUCGUCGAAAACGUGAAAUAUUUGAGGAUGAGUUGCGGCAGAUUGACCAGAGACUAGCAGAGUUUGAAAAUUGAAGUAUAUAUUAAUAUUAAUUUAUAAAAUGUAUAUGAAAAAGACAAUCAGAUAUGUUAUUUCUUGUCUAUAAUUUUUUUGAUAAAUUACUGAGAAAUAAAUUGUGACUUAGAACCACAAAAUAUGCUUUAUUGCAUCUUGUGUUUAUGUUAAUAGUGGGGAAAGCACGUUUUAUAUGAUUAAUAUUUUUUUCUAAUUUAUUUUACAUCUUUUAGUGUUAGAAUUUUAUUCAAGGCAUUCCAUAGGCUAUGUUGAGACACAGGGUUUACGCUAGUGUAAAGCUAGUACAGUUAAACUUGCCUAAAGCCUCAAUCGCACUGGAUUAAAUUUUGGGAAUAUGUAACUGUCAUCACGGUAAACAUUUCUAGGGUAAAUGUUACCGUCAAUCGCACUUGGACUUUUCAACUCGGUUAGUUUUCCUGAGUAGUGUAAAAUUAACUAUUGAGAGCGGUACAUUUUGACCCGUAACAUGACCCGUACUGACAUGACCUACAGCCUUCUGAUCCCUUGAUCUGUUUCGCGCUGAAAUCGUUGAAAAAAUCAAGAAAAAUGUCAUUCCAUACCAUACUACUAUUUAAGGGAAAGUAAUUUAACCAACCUGUGGUUGUUCGCAUUGGAUUUUCCAGGCUGGUCAAAGAGUAGCUCAGUAGGAAUUCCUGAGUAAAUUUCACUCCCGAAAACUAACCGGCGGCGACAGUCAAGUUAACCGAGCGGGACUAUCCACACUGGAUUUUUUCGGUCAAACUUACCAACAAGACGGUUACUUUUACUGAAAUAAAUCCAGUGCGAUUGAGGCUUUAGUCAAAUAAUUUCUUAGUCCAUCUUAAGUCCAUCUUAUUUUACAUGCCAAAUUGUUAUGUUUCUAUUAAUAAACAAUCUGAAAGUCGAA